UUGGCUCGUCGUCCGAGUCAAUUUCCCAUUUCCAGCCUGACGUCAGAGCGGCUACAAUGCUUAAACUCAUCUGCUGUGUGAUCCCACUAAAAAAUCGCCCCACCAGACAGCGGGUUAGAACGUGCAAGUGAGCUUUUACUCCCUGACUUUCGGUGUGUUUCCCUCUCCGCGUGCGCAAUGUAUUCAUGAAGACCCCGUAAAGUGUUAAAUGUUUGAAAUCCAAAACCGCCGAAUUUCACAUGCUGAAAAAGGACUCCGCUACUCGUACGCGCGGCACUGGUGUGUCAGUGCAAUAGACUCUGCAAAGAAACUCUACUCACACACGCCUGCAAAAAGGACGCCGAAAACCUAAUUUUUUUUUCAGUUUCAAGACAAACGCGUAAAAAUCAAACUGGCUCACGUUCUUCCCAACCAACCCAGUUUGACAGCUGCGCUUCACCCCGUUUGGAGGACUGUCAGCAGCAAGAGGAUGGCAUCAGAGCUGGCAAUGAGCAACUCCGACCUGCCCACCAGUCCCCUGGCCAUGGAAUAUGUUAAUGACUUCGAUCUGAUGAAGUUUGAAGUGAAAAAGGAGCCGGUGGAGCCCGAUCGCAACAUCAGCCAGUGCAGUCGCCUUAUCGCCGGGGGAUCCUUGUCUUCCACCCCGAUGAGCACGCCUUGCAGCUCGGUGCCCCCUUCCCCAAGCUUCUCGGCGCCCAGUCCGGGCUCGGGGAGUGAGCAGAAGACACACAUUGAGGAUUUCUACUGGAUGUCCGGUUAUCAACAGCAGCUGAAUCCAGAGGCGCUGGGCUUCAGCCCCGAAGACGCGGUCGAGGCGCUGAUCAACAGCAGUCAUCAGCUCCAGUCUUUCGAUGGCUAUGCCAGGGGCCAGCAGUUUGCUGGUGCAGCCGGAGGAGGAAGCACCAUGGCCGGGGAAGAGAUGGGGUCCGCCGCGGCGGUGGUGUCGGCAGUAAUUGCUGCGGCAGCCGCUCAGAACGGAGCGCAACACCACCACCACCACCAUCACCACCACAGCAGCAGCCACCACCAGGCACCGGGCGUCCAGUCCAACGGCACUUCUGGGACAAAUCACCCACACAUGCGCUUGGAGGAGCGUUUCUCAGACGAGCAGCUGGUGACCAUGUCAGUGCGGGAGCUCAACCGGCAGCUACGGGGGGUCAGCAAAGAAGAGGUGAUCAGAUUGAAACAGAAGAGGAGGACCCUAAAGAACAGAGGCUACGCUCAGUCCUGCCGGUUCAAGCGAGUUCAGCAGCGGCACGUCCUGGAGGGAGAGAAGACACAACUCCUGCAGCAAGUCGAGCACCUAAAGCAAGAGAUCUCCAGGCUGGUCCGGGAGAGGGACGCGUACAAAGAAAAGUAUGAGAAGCUCAUCAGCAACGGCUUCAGAGAAAACGGAUCCAGCAGUGACAACAACCCUUCAUCUCCGGAGUUUUUCAUGUCAUCAAGAAAAUUUCUCCAUCUGUGAUUUCAAGCACCAUCCCUCCGUGCCCUUGAGGAUUCUUGAGAUAACCUAAUGACUGAGCAGUGAUGACAUCAAAGCGACUGACCAAUUGCACCGAGACACCUACAAAGCACAACAUUCAAAAUUAUUUCCCGAAGAACAACAAACAAGGCCCGCUGGAAUUCUUCAAAAUCUCUACAGCGAUUCUUGAAAAGCCUCUUACUACCCCUGUUUCCUUUCCCAAUAUUUUACCUCCAGCUUUUUUCUACAAAACCACAAAAAUAAAAAAGAAAUAAAAUAAAAUAAAACAAAAAUAAAAAUAAAAAUCACAGAGACUCAUAAUCAGGAGAUGGUUGAUUCUCUUCGAUGGGAAGAUCACUGAUGCAUGCUUCUGUAAAUAGAUCACAAUAAAAACCCUAUUCUUAUUCCUAAUAUAGGAAACGUACCGAGUUGCUCUCACCAAAUUCAUAAACCUUCAUUACUGUGAAUAGAAUACCCAUGGUUCAAUAUUUUCCAUAUAAAAUCAGUAUUCUUACCUAUUCAGAGCCAAUGUAGCUAUCAUUUCAGAUAUUGCUUCUCUAGUCUUUGAAGUUAAUUUAAUUGUAAAAACUGUACUUACAAUUGUUCUUAUUCUCAGCCUAGUCUUCCUCUCCAGUAUCCACACUAGUACGUGUAAAUAGAGACAAAUGAAGACAACCGCAUGGAUCAGACUUUAGUGUAUAUUUACCACGCUCUUAGAUCACAAAUCUCAGUAUUUGGAUAUUUCAGACAACAUUUUUGAAAGUUUAAAAUAGCUGAAGAUAUUUUCUGAUGGCCAGUGAUUUAGUCUCAGAUACCUGGAUACUGUCUGAAUAGAUCAAAUUUAUCCGGCCACAUUACAAUGAUUAUACAACAGAAACUCCUUUGCUAUCAUCAGUGAAUUCCAUUGAGAAACAGGCAAAUUGAACAGAAGAAGCAGGCAAUUUCCCAAAGCCAUGAUUCUAACAUAGCACCUCUAAGUAUUAGGUUUAAUAUUUGAUGUACUUUUUUUUUCUUUUUGUUUUUUUUUAUAUAUAAUUUACAGAUUUCUCCCAUUGUCUUCUUAUUUAUUAUUUUCUACUACAACAACUGCCCUGCCCUCUCAUGCCCACUUCGUAACUGUUGUAGCAAAGCUGCUGUUAGCCUGAGAGGGACACGUUUUUUUCUUUGCAUGGUUUGAAACUGUGCUCCAGUCCUGAGCCUACACAGGGGCAAAAGAAGACCUCAGUAACUGCAAUGUAGAAAUGAGGAUUCUGGCCUCUGCCUUCAGUUGACUAUGAAGCUAACCAAAAGGACUGACUGACAUCGUACCAAGCCAAUGAAGAGAUGACCUCAAGGAUUAGGCCCUCACUGGUGAAGACAGAAAUCCUUUUGCAUGGACAACAGGGAUAAUUUCUAGCUUGUU